GACGCCCGCCCCGGCCCGCCCGCCCGCCCGCCCGCCGGUCAUGGCCAUGAGACAGACGCCGCUCACCUGCUCGGGUCACACGCGGCCCGUGGUGGACCUGGCCUUCAGCGGCAUCACGCCUUACGGGUACUUCCUCAUCAGCGCUUGCAAAGAUGGCAAGCCUAUGUUACGCCAGGGAGAUACAGGAGACUGGAUUGGAACAUUUUUGGGUCAUAAAGGAGCUGUUUGGGGUGCCACAUUGAAUAAGGAUGCCACCAAAGCGGCCACAGCAGCUGCCGACUUCACAGCCAAAGUGUGGGAUGCUGUCUCAGGAGAUGAGCUGAUGAGCCUGGCUCAUAAGCACAUUGUCAAGACGGUGGACUUCACUCAGGAUAGCAAUUACUUGUUGACUGGAGGACAGGAUAAACUGUUACGCAUAUAUGACCUCAACAAACCAGAAGCAGAGCCCGAGGAGGUCAGCGGCCACACUUCCGGCAUCAAGAAGGCCCUGUGGUGCGGCGGGGACAGGCACAUCCUCUCAGCCGACGAGAAAACCGUCCGCCUUUGGGAUCAUGCUACUAUGACAGAAGUGAAGUCUCUGAAUUUUAGUAUGUCUGUCAGCAGUGUGGAGUAUGUUCCUGAGGGCGAGAUCCUCGUCAUUACUUACGGACGGUCUAUCGCUUUCCACAGCGCAGCGAGUUUGGACCCCAUUAAAUCGUUUGAAGCUCCUGCAACCAUCAAUUCUGCAUCUCUUCACCGUGAGAAGGAGUUUCUUGUGGCAGGCGGGGAGGACUUCAAACUGUACAAGUACGACUACAGUAGUGGAGAAGAGUUAGAGUCCUACAAAGGACACUUUGGUCCCAUCCAUUGUGUGAGGUUUAGUCCUGAUGGAGAACUCUAUGCCAGUGGUUCUGAAGAUGGGACAUUGAGACUAUGGCAAACAGUAGUAGGGAAAACUUAUGGCCUUUGGAAGUGUGUGCUUCCUGAAGAGGACAGUGGUGAGCUGACCAAGCCAAAGAUGAGUUUCCCCGAAACCGCAGAGGAGGAGCUUGAAGAAAUUGCAUCAGAGAAUUCAGAUUCCAUCUAUUCUUCAACUCCGGAAGUGAAGGCCUGAACUUGAAGCACGUGCCAUGCGAACAGUGUCGUUACGGACUAAAGGAGCAAGCAGAAGACAGCGUCAGCCCUGCAGAGCGACUGUGCUCGGGCAGGCAGGGCGGGAAAUAGCGGGGCUGGGACUUAGCUGCGGGUCUGACGACCCGACGGCCUGGGUGACCUGUGAGCGUGCUCGCUGUCUCCCACAAGGGCGGCGGAGCUCUUGUAGUACGGCGCCUGUCUUUCUUACGUCAUUGAGUGUGCAAGCCAACAUCCAGUUCCUCUUAUUACAAUUACAUUUCCUGUAGUUAUUUCUGUUAUAGGGAAGAAAAACAUAUUGGCCUAUUUUUCUGACUUUUCCCUCAAAGCGGAUGCCUUUUUUCCCCCUCUUUGCUUUAGACUUAUAAAGAGGAGGAAAGACAUGAUACAGUCACUGAUUUGAUUUCUCUUUCAUUGUACGCUGCUUCUGAACAUCUAAUUAUUUGUUAGUUAUCUAAAUAAAAUGCCUCUAAAACAAAGCAAUCUUGUUUUUCUGAGAAAUGCUGAUAUUACUAAUACUACAAAUGGAAGUAGCUAGACUGUUUUUUAUAUUAGUCACAGCCAUGGCAAAAGAUGAUUUGAUUAUAGAGUCUGUGCUAAACAUUUCCUAAUUUUGGAAUUGAAUUCUGUAAACUUGAAUUUUCAUGUAUUUUGCUGAUAUGCUUUUACCUCAUAGAUUUGAUAGAAAUGCUUGAAUUGCUUUUUUAAAAUGAUGCAUGUUGGUUAUAAGCGGGGGGUGGGGGGGAGAUGAAAGCAAUUGAAAAUAGCAAAAAAAAAAAAAAAUACUUAAAACCCUUAGCAGUCUUCCAGUCCCUCCAAACUGAUGAGUGCUUAGUGACGUCACGCACAGUGUUGCUCUGUGUGCAUGUCAGAUAGGGCUGCCGGCCUUUACGAAGGAGGGAGGGGUCGCUGUCCCUGCUCACAGUGUAUUGCUUUGUUUCCCUUUGAAGUUUCAGUCCCGUACAAAAAGCUAUGCUGACCUUCAAAAUUAAUUGGACCAGCUGGGUUUAGUCUGGCAAUUAUUUACUUUAUAAAAUAUGAAAGGGUUAAACUGGUAAAUUGCAGAGACUUGAGACACAAAUAACACCUGUCAGUUUGUUCCCGCCUUCCUAAUUCGCCUUUUGAAUGGCCUUGGAUAACUUUGGUUAAGAAAAGAAAAAACCACCAAAAGAUGAGGUUCUAGUUUGAGGAUUGGUGACAGCCAGAAGAAAUGCCGUAAGCUGAAAGAGCCUUUGAAAGCCGAGAGAACUCCUCCAUGGGCAGAGGCGGCUGCCCCCUUCGGCCUGUGGCGCGGCUGCUGUUCUGCUCUCCACGGGCCUGCUGGUGUGUCAGAGCUUGCCGACGGCCAGUGUGACCUCCUAAGUAAAGUGGACGUGGACCCUGUUGGAUUGCAUGUUUCUUGGUAUUUCUGAAAUUAAUACGCUAAGGGCAUUUCUUUUUAGUUUUCAUGAAAAUAAAGUAUUACUGGUUUCCUAAUGCUA